AUUAUAUAAAUGGCCUCAGAGUAAAUCUCGCGCAGUUCCUGAGAUUUUUUUUUUGUUCUGGAUCCUGACAAUUCGCCUCAGCACCUGCAAUUUCAUUUCUAUCUCGACGAUGUUUUCUUGUCUUAAACAGACACCGAGAGGAAACCGGGCGAUUUUGGUCUCGGUGACGGACUUCUAUCCCGGGGUACGACUGGCGAAAAGGCGCGGAGCCAAAAGAGACGCAAAAAGGCUCCACAGAAUCUUGUACAAACUGGGCUUCCAAGUGGACGUGUACGAGGACCUCAGCGCGGAGGAAACUUACGAGGUCUUUCAGGCAGCCAGCAAAGAGUCUGUGGAGGACUGCUUUGUGGGGGUGAUCUCCAGCCAUGGAGAGGAGGGGCUGGUGUUUGGGGUGGACGGCGAGGCCGUGAAGCUCGCACAGAUCUUUAGCUGUUUCAGCAACCCUGCCAUGGAUGGAAAGACCAAGCUGUUCUUUGUGCAGGCUUGCCGUGGGGUUGAUUUGGACCCUGGGGUAGAGACAGACUCAGCAGAAGAGGACAAAGAGGACAGUUUUUCACAUCUUCUCUCCAUCCCUGUGGACUCAGCAGUGGUGUUUGCCACAUCCCCAGGUUACUCUGCCUUCAUGCACCCACUGGGAUCAGUGUUCCUCCAGACCCUCUGUGACCUUCUGGAGAUGGAAGGAGGACAGGAUCUGGAGGUUACACAGCUGCUGACACGGCUCAACUACCGAGUGGCAUAUGGGUUCGAGGCCCGGGGGCCUCAGCUGGCUGGGAAGAAGGAGAUGCCCUGCUUCGUAUCCCGCCUUACCCGCCAAACCUUCCCGUUCUCCCUGAGAGAGACAGGACUAUGGGGCAUCCAUCAGUAUUUGCCUGAUGAGCCAGUAGAUGAGGCCAGGAGGGCCAGUUUACGAUAUAGCAGUUGAGUGGGACUGCGGACCUAGGUGCAGCUGAAGGAACAAGAACUCUUGGUGCUAACAAUCUUGGAACUUUAGAAAAUGCAUUUUGCAUAUGCAGUGGAAAUCUACCGUUAUUUAUGUGUUUCAUUUGUAUAUUCUGAAAAGCUUUCAGACUUCAUUAUAUGCAUGAUUGGACCAAUGGACAAUAUGCAGGCUUGGAUGGACCAAUAAAGACACAACAGUGGUUCCCUCCCUGCUUAUAAAUGGACAUGAUUAUAGCUUCACUGUAUUCAAAAAGUUUGGAACUAGACUCAAUAAACAUUUUCUUUCUGUGUGAA